CAUUCAAAUGAUUGUGGCAUGCUGUGCUAAACUCCUCCUUUGAUGGUGCGCACCGCGCUCCUUUGUCUCAAAGAAAACUUCCACUGAACGGAGCUGGGGGGCACCAAAGUCUUCUCUCCAACCCACUCUCCCUCUGCGUACUCCUCACUUUACUCCACAGCCUGCCUCUCCUCCGUACCCCCUUUUGUGUUAGCUACCCGAAUAAAUUAGCAACCCAAGUCGGUGAAGGGGAGGAGGAGAGUUGGAGGAAGGAGGGGGGGGGCUGGGCCUUGUGGCGGAGGAGUCGGCUUUCAGUCGUUAGAGGUGCACAGACCCCUGAAGCCGCUGUGUAUCAGCACACACAUACACACACACACAUACACACACACACGCCGUUUUCUGAGUGACUGGAUGCUGAGGGGGAGAAAACGAGGAGAAAAACGUUUAAGAUCAGCCAGACAGCACAGCACUGCAGGGUUAAAACGGAUCCUUUUUUUUUUUUUUUCCACAGACAGCAAAGAAAUCGGAGAGCUUUCCAGCUGAUCCAGACGCGCUCACCUGACACGGGGACGGAGACGCCGAAGAAGGACCAUUCACCGGAGGAGUACCGGCUUCGAAAAUUGGCGGAAUUGGCUCAACAGUCAUUUAAGUGGAUAUUAUGUAAAAACAAAACAAAAAAAGCCCAGUCCAGCUGGUCAGCACGGCUCCAUUCAAGAUUUUUGUCCCCUUGGAUUGUCUGUCGUUGUGGGGGAGUAUUGGAAACCCGUUUGCAUACUAAUCAGUGUUGGAGGACGAUAUCCAGAGAGCACUUCCAGAGCUACGGAGAGUCAGAUGAAUGUGUAGCACAACCCAGCCAUGCCGAUAAGUAAAGGGCCUAGACAGAGGGCGUUGGUCAGCAGACCCUGUGUGUGUUCAAGUCAUCGGCGAUGGAAGACAUCCUUUUAUUUCUGCGUCGUGCUUGUUCUUUUCCAGUCUACAACUGUCCUUGGAGCCCUUGAACUCCAGCUGGAUGAAGAACAGCCAGAAGGGACCAUUGUUGGUGACAUCAGUGCUGGGUUACCGCCUGGUGAAAGUGCAAGUCUUUACUUCAUCUCCGACCAUGAGGGCACAGGUGUUGGCAAUGAUCUCAACAUUGAUGAAACCACUGGAAUCAUUUCCACUGCGAGGCGUCUGGACCGUGAGCAGAGGGACCACUAUAGUUUCAUUGCAGUAACAAUGACAGGAACCACAAUUGAGGUGUCAAUCACUGUAAAUGACAUCAACGAUCAUGCACCUGUGUUCCCCAAAAAGAAAGCUGUUUUAAAGAUCCCAGAACACACAGCAGUGGGGACAAGAUUCUCCCUGGAGCCUGCAACAGAUGCAGACAAGGACCAGCUGACCACCCAAGGCUAUGCUAUUCGAGAGGGAAAUGUAGGCCAGGCAUUCAAAUUGGAGACCAAGAGAGCUGCCAACAAGGUGCUGUAUCUUGACUUGGUGGUCAAUGGACUGCUUGACAGGGAGAAACGCUCAUCCUACACCCUCGUUCUGGAGGCCUUUGAUGGUGGCUCACCCAGAAGGAUGGGAUCCAUGACUCUUGAGGUGACUGUGACUGACAUCAACGAUCAUGCACCGGUCUUCAAUCAGAGCAGAUACCAUGCGAUUAUCUCCGAGAGUCUCCCACAAGGCAGUAGCAUCCUACAGGUGUUUGCUGCAGAUGAGGACGAGGGUGAUAAUGGUCUUGUCCUCUAUGAGAUCAACAGGCGUCAGAGUGACCCUGACCGCUAUUUUGUGAUGGAUAGCAAGACUGGGGUCAUCACUCUCAAUAGGCCCCUGGAUUAUGAACUGAAGAGGGUCCAUGAACUGGUGGUCCAGGCAAGAGAUAAUGCAAGUCACCCUGAGGUGACCAAUGCUUUUGUAACCAUCCAUGUCCGUGACUACAAUGACAACCAGCCCACCAUGACCAUCAUCUUCCUCAGUGAGGAUGGCUCUCCAAGGAUCUCUGAAGGGGCCCAACCCGGCCAAUAUGUAGCUCGGAUAUCUGUCACUGACCCUGACUAUGGAGAGUAUGCCAAUGUGAAUGUGUCCCUUGAAGGGGGUGAUGGGAAGUUUGCUCUUACAACCAAGGAUAGCAUCAUCUACCUGAUAUAUGUGGACCAGGCCUUGGACAGAGAGGAACGAGAUUCGUAUGACCUCAGAGUUAUGGCAACAGAUUCCGGCACACCUCCUCUCAGAGCGGAGUCGUCUUUCACCAUUCAGGUGACUGAUGUCAAUGACAACCCCCCUCUGUUCGACCAGCAGUCCUACAGACAGACUAUUCCUGAGGUUGUCUAUCCUGGCUCCUUUGUUCUCCAAGUAACUGCCAGGGACAAGGACCAGGGCCCCAAUGGGGACGUGAUAUACAGCCUCCUCAAGGGCAAGAACUCUCACUCCGAUUGGUUUUCCAUUGACCCAGUCACUGGGAUCAUUACCACAGCAAUGGCUCUGGAUUUUGAAUCAGAGCCAGCGCCGAGUGUGACUGUGGUUGCGACGGAUAGUGGCAAGCCGCCACUUUCAUCCACAGCAAAGGUGGACAUAGUUCUGCAGGAUGUUAACGAUAACACACCUGUGUUCUCCAGCAAUUUGUACAAUGCAUCCAUCAAGGAGAACACUCCAUCAGGGACCUGCUUCUUAGAGGUGUCAGCCGCAGACCAGGAUCGUGGUUCCUUCGGUGCUAUAUCCUACACCCUGGGAUCUGGAUCUGGAAGUGCACUACCGUCCCACUUUACCAUAGACAAGGAGACGGGACAGCUUUGCACCAGCACAGCUCUGGACCGGGAUGAAGGAUUGGACAAGUUUGACCUGACUGUCACUGCAACAGAUGGCGGUGGUCUAAGCUCGGUAGCGCGUGUUCGAGUCACUGUGGUGGACAUAAAUGACAACCGACCUGCUUUCUAUCCAGUCCUCUACACGGUCAGUCUCAGUACCCACAGUGCCCCGGGAACCUCUGUUGUCAAGGUGACGGCAAAUGAUCCAGAUGCUGGGGAAAACGGGAGGGUGACCUACCGCACGAUACCUGGAGGGGGCUCUGCUUUCUUCACUCUCAACAAGGACACAGGUGUGAUUUCUCUCUCACGCUCACUCCACGGCAAAGCCAACACAGUGAUCUCCAUGGUGAUAUCAGCCGAGGAUGGCGGUGGCUUGACAGCGCCUGUCAAUGCCCGGGUGAACGUGAGCGUGGUUGGAGGUUCAGUGGCGUCUCCGGUGUUCGAGCAGGCCCAGUAUUUCUUCACUGUGUCUGAGGAUGUCCUGAGGGGGACGGCGUUGGGAGUCGUACGUGCUUCUACGAAGACAGGUGGUACUAAGGAUAUUUUCUACUCCAUCUCCUCCGGGGACCCAGAUGGUUACUUCACAGUGGACAGCGCCUCUGGUGCCAUCCGCACUGCCCUCCCACUGGACCACGAAACCUGCUCCAGUCUCGACCUGGAGAUCCAGGCGCGCUUCGGCUCUCCGCCAGCGUACGGAACCAGCCGGGUGCGGAUAACUAUCUCAGACGUCAACGACAAUGCUCCAACUUUCCUGCCUUCCUCAUCAGAGUCCCUGCUUCUACCUGAGAUCACCAAAAUGGGGACCGUUAUCUACACCAUUCAGGCCACCGACAAGGACUCCGGUCAUAACGGUCAGCUCAGCUUUGACCUAGUUUCUGCCGGAGCUGCGGGCAGCAGUGGACAGAGGACAUUUGGUGUUGACCGCGGAAGCGGAGAGGUGCGUCUGAUCGGGAGUCUCUCAUAUGAAAGUGUCCCACGCUAUGACCUGCAGGUGGUCGCAAAGGAUGGUGGAGCCCCUCAGCUUAGCUCCACCUUCACCCUUGUGGUCCAUAUCCAGGCGCAGGAUGCACAAGGUCCCAACUUUGACACCCUGACCUACCGCGUGGAGCUGCGGGAAAACACACCCCUAAACACACGUUUCCUUCAGGUUCGAGCCCUGAACAGAGAGGCUUCUGGGAAUGGUGGAAGCUCCUCCUCGUCUUCUGCCUCCACUAUUUCCUACCGCCUCAGGCCUGACGGUGACGCUGCAGGCUUUGGCAUCAUGCCUGACAGUGGUUGGCUGUUUGUUCGGAGUUCUUUGGAUAGAGAGGUCAAAGACAUGUACCUGCUGACUGUUCUAGCUACUUCAGGCCCUGGAGGUAUGGGAAGAACAGGCAGUGCAGCAGUAAGGGUGACGGUAACUGACGAGAAUGACAAUUCCCCAAGACUGAGCCAGGAGAGGGUCUUCCUGGCUGUCAGGGAGAACCUGUUGGCUGGGACUGGCUUUGGCAGGGUGUCUGCUACGGAUAGAGACGCAGGACUGAACUCUCGACUCACCUACAGGCUGCUGCACUCUGACAGACACUUUCAGAUUAACUCACAAACAGGCGAGAUCAGCACCCGCCUGGCUAUGGAUAGAGAGCAGCAGUCCAGCUAUCAGCUUGUUGUGGUCGUACAGGAUGGGGGGACGCCUCCUCGCAGUGCCACUGGUACCGCUCACAUCACUAUAAUGGACGAAAAUGACCAUGCACCCAGUUUCUCACACGCCAGGCCGGACAGGGAGCUGCUGCUUCAGGUGAUGGAGGGUCUCCCUUCUGGGACAGCCGUAGGCACAGUGACAGCUAAAGACCCUGACGAGGGAGAGAAUGGGACUGUAUACUACUCUUUAUCAGGAUCCAGAGCAGAGCGUUUCUCCUUUAACCCGACCAGUGGCGAGCUGAGAACAGCUUCCCCUCUAAGAUGGGCGGAGCGACCCGAGUAUGCCUUCACUGUGACUGCUGCUGACCACGGCACACCGGGCCUCAGCUCCACCUGCCAGCUACGGAUACAAGUCCUCAGCUCCUCCAGGUCCAAUCCUAAACCCAACAUGCUCAGUAUGACCCUGAACACAGUGGAAGGAGCUGAUCCAGGCUCUGUCAUUGGCUCCGUACGCCCUCAUGACCAGCAUGAAUCCGUCCUAUUGGAAGGCCAGGUGACUUACCUGGUGGUAGGAGGAACAGACCUGGAUGGAACUUUCAUGGUGGACCGUUUAAAGGGCGAUGUGAUCCUGGUACGCGAGCUGGACUAUGAGAAGGGUUCAAGGUACACCUUGCAGAUUGAGGUGUCUGACUUCUCCCAGGCGUUUCCCAGCACCCAUCAGGUGCAACUGGAUAUUAAUGUGCAGGACAGCAAUGACCACAGCCCACAGUUCUCUGAAGACCCUGUUACCAUAGUGAUACCAGAAAACAUGGAGCCAGGGGCUUCCAUAUACACCUUCCAAGCUUUGGACGAGGACGGCAGUGGACCCAACAGUGAGCUACUUUACUCCAUUGAGCACUAUUGGCCCGACAAACCUGACCUCCUGACCCUCGACCCCGUCAGCGGAGUCCUAACUUUCGGGGAGAAGUUGGAUCGUGAGUCGACACCGUCACUCUACCUGGUGGUGCGAGCCACAGACCAGGCGGUUGAUCCUUCUCAGAGACGCUGGGGAUCCGUCACUGCGCGAGUUUUUGUGACGGAUGAAAACGACAACGCGCCAGUUUUCAGCUCUCCAUCUGCGGUCAGCGUCAUGGAGGAUCAGCCUGUAGGGUUUGUGAUUUUGUAUGUGAUGGCGAGAGACGAAGAUGAAGGUGAAAAUGGCAGAGUGUCUUACAGAAUCCAGGGAGGCAACAGCGCUGGUCGCUUCAGUCUGAACUCCAACACUGGCUCUCUCUCCAUCCUGAAAGCCUUGGACAGGGAGGAGCAGGAGAUCUUUAAUCUGACUAUUGUCGCAGAGGAUCAUGGGAUACCUCAGCUGUCCACCUCUCAGGUGCUGUGUGUGCAGGUGAUUGAUGUGAACGAUGAAGCUCCUGUGUUCCAGCGGGGGGAGUUUGAGACCCAGGUGAUGGAAAACCAAGGACCAGGAACCACAGUGUUGAAAGUGACCGCCACUGACAGAGACCAAGGAUCCAAUGGCCAAGUGACGUAUGGAGGUGUGACAGAGGAAGGCUUCAUCAUCAACCCUGUGACAGGCGUCAUCACUACAACGAGGGAGCUAGACGCAGAGCUACAGAAACACUACACACUUACCGUGUACGCUAGGGAUGGAGGGCUGCCUCCUAACUUUGCCAAAGCUGUAGUCCAUGUGGAGGUGCAGGAUGUGAAUGAUAACACUCCCAUUUUUGCAAAGUCAUGGUACGGACUGGAGGUGCCGGAGAACCAGGCCCCUGUAGAGCUCUGCUUUCUCAGGGCCACAGACCCUGACUCAGGUCCUGGUGGAGAGCUGGAGUACAGAAUCACUGCUGGGGACCCUGAUGGAGAUUUCCACCUCCAUGGCAACACAGGAGCUCUCUCCACCUCACGCGGCCUUGACAGGGAGACAAGGGCUGAAUAUUCCCUGGAGGUGGUGGCAACAGACCGAGGAAGCCCUGCUCUAAGCACGACCGUGAUAGUGGAAGUCAAAGUGCUGGAUGUUAAUGACAACAGCCCUGUCUUUAGUAAAGGGAGCUACACUGUGGAGGUGUCAGAGGAUGCUGCGGAGGGGACCCAAGUUCUGGAGGUGGCUGCUGUAGAUGCUGAUGAAGACCUGAAUGGGAAGGUUCUGUAUUUUCUGAGCAAAGAGGCACAUGGCGCGUUCAGUGUGGAUGAGAACACUGGUGUUAUCACCACGUCAGCACUUCUGGACCGGGAGAAAUUGGCAUCAUACAGCUUCCAGGUGUUUGCUGUUGACCUAUCACCUGCUGCACCCAUGAACUCCUCUGCUCAGGUGACAGUCACCGUCCUAGACGUCAACGACAACACUCCCUUCUUCAUCCAGGAUCCGCUGGUCAUUGAAGUGUCCAGCAGACGUUCUCAGCGUGUUCUAGCCACCAUGAAGGCAGAGGACAAAGAUUUUGGAGCAAACGGUUCUGUGUUUUAUCGUUUUGCGAUGCCAGUGAAGGGCUUCAGCAUCAACUCCCUGACCGGAGAGAUCCAGGCCACAGAGCCGCUGGGGGAUCUGACCCAGGCUCAGAGGACCCUGAUAGUGGAAGCCAUGGACCAGGGCAGUCCAGCUCAGUCUGCACAGGGAGUGGUGGUGAUAUAUGUGAAGGAGGUGGAGUACAGCGGGAUUCGCUUUUCUAGGAAUGCAAGAGACGUCAGCAUACAGGAGAACGCUGACAAAGGCACAGCUGUGGCUCAAGCUCAGGCUCAACACCCAGAUGGCACACGUAAGGGUAUCAGUUACAGCCUCUUCAGUGGGAACAAAAAGCAGGCCUUCACCAUCACCUCCUCAACAGGGGAAAUCAGGGUGCAGAGCUCCAAGGGGCUGGACUUUGAAGACACCCCCAGACUCCGUCUUGUUAUCAAGGCUGAAACUGUGUCCUCUACGUCUUUCAUGGCUAUAAACCUGAUCCUGCAGGAUGUCAAUGACAACCUCCCUCGCUUCCAGCUGCAGAAUUACGUGGCCUACAUGAAAGAAGCACAGGGAUAUGAAAUGCCAAUCAUACAGGUGCUUGCUGAGGAUGUGGAUCAGGGCCAAAAUGGUCAGGUGACCUACUCAAUCCAAUCAUCAGGCAUGAGCGGUCUGUUCAAGAUUGACCCUGUGACAGGGAGCAUUACCACAGCGGCCAUCAUGGACCGGGAGAUCUUUACCCAGACCAAGCUAGUAGUUACAGCGACUGACAGAGGAAGUCCACGAUUGGCCGGAUCGGCCACAUUAACAGUGAUCAUUGUCGACCAGAAUGACAACAGUCCCACUAUUCCCUUGCCCAAGGAAGUCCGCAUCCCAGAGAAUAUGCUGAUUGGCACAGAGAUAACUCUUGUGACGGGUAAUGACGUCGACUCCAGUCCGGCCCUCUCCUACUCCUUGCAGCUGGACCCAACAGCGUUAGGCAAGUUUGGAAUUCACCGUUACAGUGGAGGUGUAUCCCUAACAGCCCCUCUGGACUUUGAAGAGAAGACGUGGUACACCCUGACUGUCAGAGCCACAGACAGCCAGCACCAAACUGAGGCUAACAUUACAAUACUAAUUGAGGAUAUUAACGACAAUUCCCCUGCAUUCACCCAUGAUCUCUAUCAGGUAACUCUGCCUGAGCACACGCCGCCAGGAAGUGCAGUUGUCACUGUAACAGCAACUGACAGGGACUCUGGAGAGAACGGAAAGAUCACCUACAAAGUGAUGUCAUCAACCCAGAAUGGUUUCUACAUUGACCCAAACAAUGGAACCUUGUUCAUCAACCACAGAGCCGAGUUUGACCCUGAGCGUCCCUCAGUCAGUAUCGUUAUAGAAGCUCGUGAUGGAGGUUCGCCUUCCCUCUACUCCCUCACCACUAUCCAGGUUCAAAUCUCGGACGUCAAUGACAAUGCUCCUGUGUUUCACCAAUCAGAUUACAGGGCUAUAGUCUCUGAGGAUACCAUCCCAGGGUCUACAGUUCUGACUUUUGAGGCCUUUGACAGCGACCUUUCUCGAGAAAACUGCGGCCUGGACUUUGCUCUCGCCAGUGGAAAUGAGGGAAACGCUUUCCAGAUUGAAAGCAGUGUGCGCUUCCUGGAGGGGCGGGGCUUUCAGACAGUGGGAACUCUGCUGUUGGCUGAGGGGCUUGACUUUGAAACCAAACCUAUCUACAACCUCACUGUGGUGGUGUCAGAUCGUGGUGUGCCCCAGAGGAGCUCCAGUGUUGCUGCGGUUAUAACCAUUGGUGAUGUGAAUGAUAACCCUCCGGUGUUCGGCAGAGCAGAAUAUACUGUGUCACUGAGUGAGGGAGCUGCCGCUGGGACUGAGAUUAUAAGGUUGACUGCUACAGACCCAGACUCAACUCCCAAUGCUGAGGUCCAGUAUACUAUCAGCUCUGGUGAUGAGGUUAACUUGUUUACCAUGGACCAAUGGACUGGAGCUUUGCGGCUACAGCGAGCACUUGACCGUGAACACCAGUCCACUCAUAUUGUCAUCAUCCAGGCCACAGAUGGACAGGGUCACUUCGCACUGGCUCCUGUCAUUGUUGAGGUGAAAGACGUAAAUGACAAUCAUCCAUUCUUCCCAGUGGAAGUCCUGACAGCAAGUAUCAGAGAAAACCAACCAGCCAACUCAGCUGUAACUGUUCUCCAUGCCAUUGACCACGACACAGGGGUUUUUGGUCAACUCAAAUACUAUAUGGUUGAGCGGUCAGGUGUAGGAAAAGACGGCUUUGCCGUUGACCAGAACUCUGGAGAAAUCAGGAGCAAAAUACCCUUUGACUUUGAGAAGGUCAAUUCUUUUAACUUUGUUGCAGUUGCAGUUGAUUCCGGUAACCAUUCAGCCACUGUCACUGUACAGGUGUUCGUCAUAGGUGUGGAUGAGUACGACCCACUUUUUGUAUCCUCAGAUUUCUCCUUUGAAGUGCCAGAGGGAGCUAAGAAAGGCCAGAGCAUUGGUCAGGUCCAGGCAAAUGAUGAGGAUGACGGAGUGGAUGGUAUUGUCCUCUAUUCUCUGCCCACCAGCUCUCCAUUCUUUGAUGUCAACAAAACCACCGGAGUGAUUUUCCUCAAAUUGGAUGGUUCAGGCAGCAGUAGCAGCAGUGGCUCGGGACGCACCAAACGGGACACCAGGCUAAUGACCCUGGAUGUGAAAGCUCAUAGUCCUCUAGAUGCAUCUCGCUCCACUACAGCCCAGGUCUCCAUUGAUGUUACAAACACCAACUUUGGCUUGGCCCCUGAUGUCAACAUUCUUCUUAUAAGCAUCAUAGCUGUGUCUCUUGGAUUCAUCAUAUUGCUGGUGGUCAUGGCUGUAGUGGUGUUCCUUGUUAAGUCACGCAGAAGGAAGAAAGCCCAGGAAGCAGGAAACCGAACUGUUGCCUCAGGAACUGCUCUGCAGAAAUUAGAUGAAUGCAACUCUGGACAAGGAGGAGACCGGAUCUACCACCAGGCCCUUCCAGGCUAUGCUGGAGAUCAGGGGGCUGGUGGUGGGCCCUACACUAGAGGGGGCUCUCUGGAUCCUUCUCACUCAAGUGGCAGAGGGUCAGCUGAAGCAGCAGAGGAUGAUGAGAUCAGGAUGAUAAACGAGUACCCCCGGGUCGCCUCGAUUACCUCAUCCAUGCAGGAGCACAUCUCGGCCAGAGGACCAGACUCUGGAAUCCAGCAGGAUGCAGACCAACUAUCUGACAUCUCCUGUGAACCUGCAGCUUUGGAGGGAAGCACCUGGUUCAAAGGAAAGAAAUUGGGAGGUAGUCUAAGUGGGACCUUGCUCUCUGGCCAACUCCCAGUCUACAGGGAUGAAGGUGGAGGAUACCUUGGAGUUGGUCGGGGCCUUAACAUUACCCUCCCCAAGGAUUAUGCCUUCCCUGAAGACGGUAAACCUUCAGUGGAUGGUUCUCUCACUGCUAUUGUUGCCAGUGAUGAGGAGCUUCGUGGAAGUUAUAACUGGGAUUAUCUUCUCAACUGGUGCCCUCAAUUCCAGCCUCUGGCCAAUGUCUUCACAGAGAUCGCCAGGCUGAAAGACGAAACAGCUCAGCAGAGCCAGAACCCUCGCCAACCCUUCCAGAACAAGCACAAAAUCGAUCCCAAACCUAGAAUCGACCCUCCACCACUCAUCACAUCAGUAGCCCACCCAGGGGCCAUGUCAGUUCCACCAAAGGUCCCUGUGAUUGGAAGGACAUUCCCCCACUUGGCCUCACUGCGCAGGUCCCCUAUCAGUCAUGAGGGGUCCAUUUCAUCUGCAGCAAUGUCCCCAAGCUUUUCACCUUCUCUGUCCCCUCUAGCAGCUCGGUCUCCUGCUGUUUCUCCUUUUGGAGUCAACCAAGGGCCCUCAGCCUCCAUGAUCAGCACAAGGGAGCCCUCACUGGACCAGAGUCCUGAUCGUGAGAUGAGAAUAUGAAGGAAUAGUUUGAAAACUAUUUAAGAACUUGAAAACAGACAACUGGAAGAAGCUAUCGCUUUAGUUGUCCUUUUUUUGGAAUGAAAUAAAUGCAAGUGGAGUACACAGUUGGACUGUUCUCAUGCAACCAUUUGUUUCAAUUGUCCAAUCACAUGGAUUUUAAAACAAACCGACUUGAACAUACUUAACCUCCCUCUGGUAGAGUAUUUGCAUUCUUUGAAGUAUUUCCAUUGGUGGGCAGUGUUACAUGAUUACACUAGAGUGAAACAUGUGCCUGGGUUGACAAGACCAUGUCAACAGUGACGCAGGUCUCCAUGAACUGAUCAGGGUUAAGAGGACAACUAAGCUCUUCAUGGGAAUGUGCACUUACCAUGCCCUGCAGUCAGAGGUCCCUUAGUGUGUAGAUAAAUGGAUGUGUAGUUUUCAUGUUACCUCACUGGCUGGCCAGAGAGCUAAGGACCUUGUUCUACUCUUUGUGUCUGUGGACAUUUUUACACUUCAGUAUUAAACUUAUCCAGUAGCUGUUUUUAAAAUGGUAUCUGGAUGUGUGUGGGAAUCCCAUGGACUGGAAGAUGUGUGUUCUCAGAGACGCUGACCCCUUCAUUUGCCAUCACAUAGUGUAAGAACAAUUGAGAUUAUUGUUUUUCUCAUCUUUUAAGAAGACACUUCUUUUGAUUUUAACUUUUAUUUUUAUAUAUUUUUAUAUGGAAUUAUGAUUUCAGACCCCAGAAUUUCCAUUAUUCCACAUGGAGAGGUUUUUGUUUUUGUGUAUUUGCAUAUAUGUAUAUUUGUAUGUAUGCAGGCGAUGCCAUGUAAUGUAUGUGUCUCAUAGGUUUUUUAGAAACUUCUGUGACAGUUCUGAUGUGAGUGAGAGGAUGACGUUUGUGUUUUAUCAUUAUUUAUAUAAAAAAAAAAGGACUUGCUGCCGUAUUUGGACAGAAGGAAGCCAAGCACAGCUCAAUUUAAGCUGUGUUGAACCUUAAGAAUGAUUCUUUUUCUUUUUUUUUUGUCGAAUUGUAGAUCAUCCUAAAUGUAAAAUAGCAACUGGAUGAAAACCUGUGAUCACUCUGCUUCUCCAGCAGUUCAGCACUCUGUUGUGGUGUGCAGUCAUGCAAAGCAGCACAUUCCCUCUGUUAUUCAGGGACCUACCUAAUUUGCUGAUCACCUCUGUGUCUUUAAAGAAAGAGCUUCCUCCAAUCAAUUACACCCAGUCAUUAGCGUACAUGCACCGUACUGUGAAGUUUUUCAUCUCAACACAACAAAAAGCGAGCUAUCAAGAGGCUGAGAUUUUCAUGGGAAAGUGGCAUAACUUGGACAAUUGUAGCACAUAAGCCAGACAAUUGGGAAACAAAGGCCUGAAUGCAUGAGCUCCGAUGAAUGUAAAAGGAUUUAGCAACCAGUGCAGUAUUUAUUUUCCAUGUUAAGUUUCUGUUCUGUGGAUUUUUAUUUCUAUGAUUCAAUCAUGCAGCUCGUCACCGGUUUGAUGAGGUGUUUUUGGGUUCCAUGUGUUUAACUCAUCAUCUGCACCUUCUUUCUUUACACUCAUUAUUCAUCCAGGUUUAGCACUCUGCAAGUGUAGCAAGAAGCUAGGGCUUUAAGAACAUCAUCCCUCCAUGUUUAUUUUUCUUUCUGUCUAUCCUAUGAGGUAACUGUAUUGAUUGGAUGUACCCUUGGUUACCAGAGAUGACCUCUACCUCUGUUUUUUUUUUCAACAUUACCAACUGCCUCUUGCAAAGCUGGUAUUAAAAGUUACACAUGCCACGAGCCUAACAUCAGCACAACGCACUCAUGAUUCAUAAUUAUAGUCUCAGAAACAUUUCUGUGUUGGAGGAAAUCCAUUUGGAGUUCAGUUUGAGAUUGCUGCCAGAGACUGAUCAGUGGAGCAAUGACAAAAAAAGCAAGAGCUGUUCAUGUAUUUAAAGCAAAUAAUAAAUUCCUACUGAUCUCUUUUGACAAA